AUGUCGCAUCCUCACAUAAUCCAACCAAUCACAGUGGCACGUCUUUCUCUUUCCCUACGUUCAAAUGUAAAUGCUGAAAUCUGGCCAAUCGGCUGAUGGCGGGGAGGAGCUGUGGAAUUACAUCUAGUUAAGUUAGUUUGGCUCGCAGGCAGUGACAAAACAGCCAAGCUUUUGUCCUCCUUCAGUCGAGUCGUUCACAACUUGUCUUGCUCAGAACAGAGCAAUGCCGGCCGCGAGAAAGGACCCAAAUAAGCCCAGAGGAAAGACCUCCUCCUAUGCUUUCUUUGUUGCAACAUGCCGCGAAGAGCACAAAAAGAAGCACCCUGGAACCAGCGUAGGCUUUGCAGAGUUUUCCAAGAAAUGCUCUGAGAGAUGGAAGACCAUGUCAGCCAAGGAGAAGGUAAAGUUUGAGGAUUUGGCUAAGAAUGACAAGGUUAGGUAUGAGCGAGAGAUGAAGACAUACAUCCCUCCAAAAGGUGCACCUGGCGCUGGCAAAAAGAAAAAGGACCCCAACGCACCAAAAAGACCACCUUCCGCUUUCUUCGUGUUCUGCUCAGAUCACCGUGGCAAAAUCAAGGAAGAGCAUCCUGGUAUCACUAUCGGUGACAUCGCCAAGAAGCUUGGAGAGUUGUGGGGCACACAGACUCCCAAAGACAAGAUUCCUUUUGAGGCAAGGGCUGCCAAACUGAAGGAGAAAUAUGAGAAGGAUGUUGCCGCCUACAAAGCCAAGCUUAACCCAGGGAAGAGCGAUGCUGGUAAGAAGGGUGGCCCUGGCAGGCCAGCUGCCAAGAAAGCAGUACCCGUUGACGACGACGAUGAUGAUGAUGAUGACGACGAGGAGGACGACGAUGAUGAUGAUGACGACGAUGAUGAAUAAAUGGUUUAUAUCUCUGGGGGUGUGAAUUCUGCAAAGGAUUGUUCAGCUUAACUUUUGUGUGGAUGAUUUGAACAGUAUAGCCUGCUGUCCCUGUUGGUCUGCCUCUGUAGGACACCAGACCUGUAUUCCUUUUCAAGUUCAGGGAUUUAGUUUUUAUUUUGUCACUUAGUCCCCUAAUUUUUUUUAAAAAUAAAUGUUUUCUGCUGAGCUCGAGUUUGUUACAUCAUAGGUCCUCGUUUCUAUCAAAACGGGCAGCUAGAUAUACAUUUCCUUCGAACAUUCAAUGGACUAAAACAUGUACAAACAGUGGACAGCAGCAAAUUGGUAAAGUUUUAAAGGUGUAUCGUUUCUGGAAGCACUGCUUAUGUUUUCUGUUUAGUGGUGCCGUUUCUUCACUGUCAUUUUACAACCAAGUUAUCUGUAGUUUAAUUAAAAAUGUGUGAAGCCAUUUUUAAUGUACUUUCAUGUAAAAAUGAAAACAUUCAUGUAGAACGGAUUUUUUUUUUUGUAAUAAAAUUUUGUAUAUUAUAA